UUCGCCGGCAUAUUGAAAUUAAUGCUACCACAAUACAACGCAGUCAGAGUGUGCACACUUCUCGGACAAGUACUGAGUUUCAUGUUCUUCAUCGUGUAUGCGGAAGCAAAGGAUGAUACUCGUUUAGUCACUACAGUGUAGCCAUAAAACCAGGCGACCCCGACGAUCGGAACUCGCGCUUCAAGGCCCCUCAAUAAUCUACGAAGAACUUGAAAUUGAAAUUGAGCCAAUAAUUUAAUUUCUAGUCAGCCUAUUGACGAUACUUGUUGUUGAAUGCACAUAGCUGUGAAAUGGCUUCAGCCGAAGGACAAGAUAUCUAUCUCUCGUCACUCAAACAAUUCCGAAAAAGAUCCAAUGUAAGACAAGUAGUUGAGAAUUUUGCGGAAGAUGUUGCAUCUCAUACAAUGAGUAAUAUCUCCAAUAGCUGCCUCGCGUCUUCCGUUUUUCGUGUUCUUGGUGUUGGCAGUGGACAUGGGAAAACUGAUCUGAGAAUUCUGAAUUCAAUAGCAACAGCUAUCGAAUCUUCACAAAAGAAGAAACCAGUGAUACACACGGCUAUCAUUGAACCGAGUGAUAUGAUACAGGAGUUCAAGUCAUCAGUAACACCACUGCCGCAGACACUAUGCAGUUUGGCUGAUGUUUCGUUCGAAUGGCACCAGGAGACCUUUCAGCAAUUCAUCGCAUCUUGUCCACGUGAAGAUUAUUUCGACAUGAUUCAUUUCGUUGCGUCUUUGUACUACAUGGAUGCCGAAAGCUCCUUAAAAAGCUCUCUUAAGUUGCUUGCUAGCGGUGGAGCCAUGUUCUGCAUACUUUCAUCAGAAACAUCGUUUUUCCCGAAGCUGGCCAAGAAACUCAAACCGGAUUGCGUCAACCUGGGCUCGGCGAAGAAAAUUUACACCCAGAUGGAUGUUAGGAAAAUUGCCCAAAGGAACAACUGGAAAUACGAAGAAUUAUCAAGGGCUCACUACAGUGUCGACAUCAGUUGCUGCUUCGAUGAGUCUUCGACAGAAGGUGGCUUACUUCUCGACUUUUUAACCCAUCAAGAAAACUUCCGUGUUAAUGCUGAAAGCGCGGUCUACAGAGAGGCGAUGGAGUUUUUGAGCGAAGAAUGCAAGGUCGAUGGAAACGGAGCGAAAUUUAUUCAGCCCGAAUUCGCUGCCGUUGUAAUUUACAAACAAUGAUCUUUGUCAAUUACACAUUGUGCUCGUUUCCUUAAGAGAAUCAUCACAGGUUCUAGCAAGAAUAUUUUUUCAGCGAAAGGGGUUUUGUUGGCGAUCAGCGAGUGAUUAAUUUAAAUGGAACUUUCUUUCACUGUGACUCAGUGAUUGGUCUACAGUACAGUUCUUUGAGAUGUCACCCUCUUUCAAGAGGUUGUCUGUGUGACUUUUGUCAUGUUAUUCAAAUAACGCCAGAAGCUUUUGUACUAGUCACACAACGAAUUGUAGUCAAUACCAGCCCGAGUAGGGGUGGUGUGGUGUUGUAGGGGAAAGGAGCUCUUCCUUGGCCCUACUCCCCCCAUCGUUGGAAUGCCUGCUCAAGCUAGCCUAGUCUUACAGGAAGCAGAAAUUUGUCACCAAUUUUUGAAUACCGGGGAUGUGCGGUAAUUGGGCCUCGGACAAACUGAAAGAAAUCUCACAGGAACUGCUUGCACCCGUCUUUAAUGCUUCACAAUACUCUCGAAUGAAAGUAAAUGCAAAAUGCGUAGUGUAAAUCGCGAUUGCUCAACCUUCUAAAUAUCGACUGUGAAUGUUAUGUGUAAUAAUUAUAAUUAUUUGUGCCAAAUACUUUUCGAUUUUGUAUUUCCUCUUCUGAUUUUGUUUUGCGUUUCGUGUCUUUCGGAGUUAUUUUGAUUUAGAUAUCUCCGAUUUCCUGUGGCCCAAACGUAAAUGGUACAAUCAAAGUUAAUUAUUAUUCUUUGUACUGUUCAUCACGAAGUUCCUUGUGCCACUUGGUAUAGUUAGGCCCAAUUCAGACGUCGUUCUUCUUCCGUGCCGUACUUUACUGCAAUUAGGUUUGCUUAUGGCGCGGCGGAAGCGCGACUCUGAUUCAGACGUCGCGCAAUUUUCGAGAAAAAAUUCAGCAUUUACUGAAGCAUCCUCGUGACUACCCCGCGGUAACGCAAUCCUAGCCGACGAAAUACAUUUGUAUAAUUUAGGAUUUUUUGUGUGACACGGUAUAGGUACGACGUCUGAAUCACUGUCUUACCAGAGUCGUGUAGCACGACAGCGCUUGUCGAACCUAAUUGUUUUGCCGAACUAAUUAGAAAGUUUGAUUCAGAUACCGCGCUUUUGCCGUGCUUUGGUCGAACUUGAAUUAAGUUCGGCACAGCAGAAGUACGACGUCCGAACUGGCUGGGCUUUAUUAAAGAAAAGUACAUCUUUAUUCGUGAGUGUUCAGGAAAACCGGCUUUUAGUUCAGGCGAGUUAUUCAUUGAUAUUCAUCGUGUUUACAUCAAGCUUCUUAGGUAAAGAGUAGCUAGGACUUGCAUUCCUUUAUUCUGAGCAAGAAUUUCCUCUAUUGAAGAGUGUUAUAAGCGAGAACAAAGGGAUUAAGGAGUAAACUAUUUUAAGAAGGUACUCAACUUGAGCCCAGCAGCUUGCUAGCUCUUAAUCAACAGUUUAAAUCAAAAACCUCAAAUAGGUGCGAAAUAAUAGAUUUCAGUUUGAGAGCGUGAGAUUGAAAUCGUUUGCGUGAGACUUGAGAGCGCUGUAGUAAAAUAAAAAUUGAAAAAGGGAGGCGAAUUAUGGGGUUUGACUCCAAUGAAACCGAACUCUUUGGCAACGAA